AUGACCGACGCUGCCGACCCCGCCGCCCCUGCGCCCAAGACCCACACGACCAAGCGCACCAAGACCCGCGUUCGCCGCAAGGCCCGCCGCCGUGACGGUGCUGACUCUGAGGACGACGACGGCAGCGCGUCCGAUGCCUCGUCUAAGCCUGCUGCGCAGGCCAAGGGCAAGACCAAGGCCAAGCCCCUGUUCCCCGACAUGAACUCGACGACGCCCGCUGCGUGGGCCGACAUGACGGACAAGGGCGACGAGAUCACGUUUGACGAGUUUGCCCGCAGCGAUGCCGCGCGCCGUGGCACUGCGGUACUCGGUCGCGGUCGCGGUCGCGGCGGCAAGGUAGUGCGCGAGCCUCGCGAGAUGACCGACGAGCAGAAGAAGUUGGAGGAGGACAAGGCAGCCGCGCGCCGCGACAAGCUCAAGGCUAAACGCAAGGCCAAGAAGGAGGCGGAGAAGGCAGGCAAGGCGGUUACAAAGGCGACUGUCGCGGCUUCUACUCCUCCCCCUGUUGCUGCCCUCGCAGCUGCCGACGAUGUCGAUUCGUCGCUCGCUGCCUCGACAUCUGCGAUCAAGCUCGACGACCCUCCCGCCCAGUCGUCCACGUCGUCUGGCCCCUCUGCUCCCACCGCUGCUCCCGCCGAUGGCGCACCUCGCCCUGGUGUCCCUCGCACCAACCGCAACGCAUACACGCAGCGCGUGGCUGAGGACCCCAAAUUCACUCCCCGCGUUGGCAACUUCUGGAUGCACGACCAGCGCCACUACGAUGCCGGUAGCGUCGGCGAGGGCAGCUUCUCCGGCCUCCGCGGAAUGUCCGACUUUUGGCGUGGACGCGGUAGGAUGCGCGGCAUGCCCCGUGGUGGCUUCCGCGGCGCGCCUCCUCCUCGAGGCCGUGGGCGUGGGCGCGGGUUCGCCUUCGUCCCCCCUGCGCGCCAGAUGUCCCCCGCCCCUUCCCCUUCUUCCGCAUCCACGUCCGCCUCAGGCCCUGGCCCCGCGCCCUCUGGCGAGGCAUCUGUGCCUCCCUCUGCCUCUGCCUCUCCCUCUGCGUCAACAUCCAACACGGGUCGCCGCAUGGCCGAGAUGGACAGGCUGGAGAUGGAGCUUGCGCAGAAGGCUCGUAACAACCGCUCGGGAGCCAGCGAGGGCAAGUGGGGCCACGAGGGCUUUGAGGAGUUCGCCGCCCACGACCACCCCUCGCGCCACAACCAAAUGAUUCGUGGUCGCGGUCGCGGUCGCGGCCGUGGGCGGGGUGACUUCAUUCGCGGCGGCCCUCCGCUCCGUCCCAUGCCUCCCGGAGUUGCGCAUCUCCCCACCCCCGAGGCGUCCCCCGACCGCUCGUCGUCCAGGAUCGAGCCCAAGAACGAGGCGCCGACGACCACCCAGCCGACAUCCGAGACGCUCCUCGAGGAUUCGGGUGCGGUCAAGGUCAAGAUACCCGGCGCGGCUCAACACGUCGAUGUCGACCGCCCGCCUAGCCAGCCUAUCGAGGUCCCGGAGCAGCCCAAGAACCCCUUCCCCCCGCCCUUUAUCCCCUCCAACCCGUCCCCUGUUCCGUACGUGGCGAGCGACAGCGGCUCCAUGAGCAGCGGGUACAUCCCCGCGGGCCCCAUGAUGCCGAUGCACACGGGCGAGUUCUACCCGAAUGCCGCCCCGCCCUUCCGCCCUCCCGGAGCCUUCUACCCCCCGUACCGCCCGCAGAGCUUCACGCCUGAGCCGCGCUUUGUGCCGGGUCACCAGCCGCGUGGGUCGUUCUCCGGGCCUGCGCCCUUCUAUGCAGGCGCACCCGCGCACGCGCGUCCUGGUUCCCCGCUCAACCCCUACCAAGCGCCGUAUGGUCAGGCGGCGUACUUUGUUCCUCCGCGCCUGGCACAGAAGGUGUCGAUCCGUUCGCCGAGAGGCAGUGUCGACGAUAUCAAGGCUGCGGUCGCCGAGCCCGAGGCGACUGGCACACCCGAGUUCACGGCCGCGCAGCCCUUCUACCCGCAGUAUAACCCAUACGCCAACGGUGAGGGCUACUACCCCACCUACUGGCCUGGGUACGAGGGCGCCGAGUAUGGGUACGCUGAAUACCCUGGCCAAGGCUAUUAG